AACUCACCAGCCCCGUUUCCACGGCAACCAUGGACUGCGGACUGCGUCUGCCUCCGGUCAUUGAGGAGGUCAUGGACCCAGUCGAUGACCUGUGUGACCUGAAAGCGGAGCGUCCCUGCGUAGUGAACGAGCUGACCCACAAAGAGAGGGAGUCUCUGGAGGAGAACGACGAGAAGCAGGAGGAGAAGCAGGAGCUGGAGCAGGAGGAGGAGAAUAAGGAGGAGGAGGUGGCCAACAGGGAGAAGGGCCAGAAGGAGGAGAAGGAGGGCACGAUGGUGAAGGAGGAGGCGCAGCAGGGGGAGGAAGAGGAGGAGGAGGAGAGGGAGAUGACAGAGGAAGAGGAGCUGGAGGAACUGAGGUCUCAGGUGCUUCAGCUGCUGCAGGAGUUGGAGGAGACCAGAGAGAUGUCCCAACGCCAUGAGGACAGCUUCAUGGAGCUGCAGGGACUCCUGGAAGAUGAGCGUUUGGCAAGUGCACAUCAAGCUGAGACCUUCACAAGGCAGAUCCAGAGACUGCAAGGCCAGCUGCGCUCUGUGCAGGAGGAGAUGGACAGCCUGGAGGAGGAGAAGGAGAGCGAGCUGCAGGAGGCGCAGAAGGAGCUCCGCAUGGCCCAGGAGGAGGUGGUGGAUCUGCAGCAGGCGGCCGAGGAGGCGGCGGCGGAGCGCGAGAACGACAUUGCGUCCCUCCAAGAGGAACUGUGUCGCCUUCGCGCCCAGCUGGCCCGGCUGCAGGUCACUACGCAGGAGUACGAGCUGGAGAUCACCUCGCUCCGCGCCGAGAUCGCCAUGAAGAGUCAUCAUGGAACACCCAGCCCGGAGAGGGCCCACGAGCACGGUGAGGUGGACCAGCUGAAAGAUGAGUGUCACACGCUCACAGAGGAGUGCAAGAUCCUCAAGGAUAACAACAAACAGCUGACUGACAAGCUCCGCCUUCUGCAGCAGAAAACCAGCUCCCCUGACCCCUACCUGUCCCUGCGGGCCUCAGACGUGGCAGGUGAGCGGGUCGUGGACUCUGAGGCGCCCGUGGAGGCUGUGAGGGCCGGAGGCUACAUGACCAUGGCACUGCCACCCGGCCAGAGGGUGGAGACCAGUGUCCAGAAGGACGUGUCGUUUGACGGGCACCCGGUCGCCCCAGGCAACUGGCACGGGGGCGUGGAGGAGGUGUGGUCACUCAGAGAGCAGCUGCAGCAGGCUGAAGAGAGGGCAACGCAGGUGGAGAGACAGUGUGAAAGUCUGAAGGAGGAGCUGCAGGAACUCCAGGGUCUGUACGACAGCAGUCAGAGGGAGAGGGCGGAGAUGGAGGCGGAGCUUCAGCGCUGCAGGGCGGAGCUACAACGCCUGGCCGGAAGGAAGACCCAGAACUCCUGUCCUCCGUCUGAGUCCCCUAUUCUCUCCGUCCCCUUCAUAGGAAUGGUUGUAAUAGUGGCUCUGCUCUGGUGCUGGUGGUCGGAGCUGUCUUGCCAGAGGGGAUGAAGGAUAGUGAGGGCGAGUGGAAUCUGGUGAUGGUGGUUGCCGUGGUCGCAGCGGCAGUUCUGAUUGUCCCUAGCUUGACCAGAACGCUGUCCUGAGCGGGAUUUUGGGCAUCACAGGAAAUUACAUCACUCCUCCACCUUCAUUCCUGUUUUAAUCACUUCCUGUCCCCCCUUCUAUCAAUCACAAUCCAAGAAUCCUGACCAGAGGCCAGAUACAAGGUAACCAAGGCAACCAAAGCACAACAAUGACCCUCCAGGCCCUCCCAAUGAACCUCCAGACCAUGGAACCAGGGACAUUUUUUGCUCACAGCUGCGUUAUGGGAGCAGAGGGACCAAAGCAUCACAGCUCCCUCUCUCUCUCUGUCUCACUCUCUUUCUAUGCCUCUCUCCCUCUUUCUUUCUUCUUACUCCCUCUUUUUCUGUCUCACUCUCUAUUCCCUAUACCACUCUCUCCCCCCUCUUUCUAUCGCUCUCUCUUCUUGCAUACAACUUGUUUUCUUAUGUGCUUCUUCAAGUAGACCAGACUGUAAAACUAUGGUUUAGGGACGUCCACGGACUACAGAGUGCAAGGAUAGAGAUGCAUUCUUACCUGCCUGGCUGUCCUCCAUCCCAGAGUCAAGGCCACCACUCCACGUCUGAGUGACCUGCCUAAACCUCUGACCGGGGCAUGCCAGUGAAGCCUGGCAUGGAGAAGUGUGAGAAGAACAUAUCUGCCAUAUCAUUUGCUUUCCCUUGUUCAGUUUCUGGUGUUUGUUUCUUCCUGGAAAGGACAGUAAGGCAGAAUAGACUGUAUUGAACACUGAACUGAAUUCAGAGAGAGAGAGAGAGAGAGAGAGUGGGAGAGAGGGAGAGAGAGAGGGAGAGAGAGAGAGAAAAGAAGGAAUAGAAGAGGAGGAGGAAAAGAAGGGAGAGGGAUGCCCUGGCGAGAUGUGAAAGACACCAUAUUUAACUCUGCACACAAUCUGAAGUAAGAGCGGGAGAUUGAAGAGAUGGAAGAAAAAAGAAAGAAUAUAGAAUACAUAUUGAAGGACUGGCAGAAAGCCCUGGAUGCAGCUGCUAGCUUUGGCCUUAACCUCUGACCCCGAAUGACAUCAUAUCCUCCUGACACCAACUCACUCUCGAAUGGACCUAGCCUGGACCCAGUCCAGAUAUGCACCUGGACCCAGGCCAAGGUCCAACUCAGAUCUGGGCCAUAUCGAUGCUGGAUCUGUUCCAGCUUGUGGUCCCAGAUCUUCCCUGAGCAACACCAGACUGCUGUACAUUUCUGCUGCCUUCAUAUUCAUGAUCUAGCAUCCCAUAAUACUCUACUUCCUCUUCCUCUCUCAGGAGAGCUGCUCAGCCAAUCAGAUUCCUCCGACACAGCAUGCUCCUCCCAGUCUAAGCAGACAUAAUUAGUGAAGGAGAAAUAUCAUUAGUCUUCACUGCAAUAUCCAGUACCUGGUUGUUAGUAUCUAUUUGUGUUUGUUUGAUUUUGAGGGUUGUUCUUUUAUUGAAAAUGUUAUAUGACAGUAUAUGACCUGGACAAGCCAUGAAUGGAAAGUAAAAUUAUCUAACUCAAGUUAGAAUUAGUAUUGUGCGCACCGAGAAAAUGGACGGAUGGCUUAGGAAAGUUGGUCUGUUCUUAAUUGGACUUUUUCACAUCAAUGAUUAUCAGCUAGUGACACUAUAUUUUUGUAUCUGUGUGCUCAACACUAAGGUUUAAGUUUAGAAAUUGAAUAUUCUAUGAUGUGUUAUAUGAAAGAGAAUCAUAUUUUUGUAUAUAGAUAUUAAUGUGUAAACAGUAUACGUAUUAUAUGACCAAUUCUAAGCACUGAAUAUAUUUAUUUUAUUGGUUGGCACACACAUAUAGCAAGAAUGGUGCAUUGCUAACCAAAACAUCAUAAUCAUCGGCAUGGUUCAGAUGAGAAAACACUAGAGAAUAUAUCUCAAGACAUGUUAGUGUCUUGCAUCAUUCUCCUUUUAACUGGUUAAUGAUUUUGUGUGUUUGUAUAUUGGAAUGUUAAUUUGCAGACUUUCUGUCUCUCUGUCGAGAUAUCUUUCACUUUUCAUUUAGGCGUUAAUCUGCUCUCUUGUGGAGAAACAGUGCAUGGUGGACCAUAAUCAAUAAUGGUGAAUCAAUAAUUAAUAAGCUUUAAUAGAUCACAUUCCAGAAGACUGAGAGACGUACUGUACAACAGGAUCAACACACACACACACACACACACACACACACACACACACACACACACACACACACACACACACACCUAUCUGGCAGGCGCUGGGCCUAUAUAUAAUAAUAUGGCAAAAUAUUUGUCUUUAUAGCGCAGCAUAUGACAUUUACCAUAUCGUAUAUAGCAGGAUCAUAAUGUCUCACCUCAGUCUAAGGGGUGUGUGUGUGUGUGUGUUAGCACAAUACAGAAUACCAUACUUCACUUUGAGGCAUGUACUGCUGUAUGCUGUCCUGGGCUAUAUGUCUGUUCUAUAGGAUACUUACUCUAUAUGACACAUUUAAAUCAAAACAAAACAAAAAACAGAUCAUCUCUAAAAGCCACGGAGAUGCUACACAUGUUUGUAGGCUAAACCUUCACAUUUUCAGGCUGUUGAUUAAAAGUACAACAGCAUCCUAUAUUUAAACAUACGAUUUGUAUAAUUUAUAACCUGCUAAUGAAUUGGAGUACCACUGCACUGUCCUGUUGCUUUAGCCAGUGUGUGUGUGUGUGUGUGUGUGUGUGUGUGUGUGUGUGUGUGUGUGUGUGUGUGUGUAUUUUUCACCUUACAGAGUGUGCCUAGACAGCACUGUCUUCCUACAUGUUGUAGAUACAGUCCGUAACACAGUCCCAAGCAGAGAGGAGACUUAAACAUGGAACAUGGAACUCUCCUUACUAAAUAGGAGCUCUAGAAUGUACUCUUGGCUUCGGCUUGUCCUGAUCCUAACUAAUCAACGCUAUUCCAUUUCUCUGGCUUGAUGUUGCUCAUGUGUACUAACAAAGCGUUAACAAAGCAUUACAAAGUGUAUCACAGCUGAAAUGCAAUAUCACUACUCAACUAUAACAGUGCAUGUUGUUCUGCAAAUAUUACUGUGUCCAUUCAAACUCUUCUAGGGCAUCUUUAUAGUUAAGAAUUGAAACUGGGAAAACAGCAAGAUGUCUUGUUAACUUAACUGUCCACAGCAUUUGUGGCUAAUUGAUAUUUUAAAAUAAAAUACACACACUAUAGUGUAAUAAUCUUCUGGUGGAGUUUUUUUUUAUAUGUCUGCAGUAUACUCUGGGCAGGCUGGUGUUUGCAUGGUAGGUUAAGUAGACUGCAUGUUGUAGGUACUGUAGGUUACACUUACUUGUGGUCAAUCAGUUGUAUGUGUUUAAAAUCAACACAACUGCAUGAAAGACUUAGUAGUUUUAUGAGUCCUGUUGUCCUUUUGUUGACCACUGGUCAAGCUUGGUGACCGACAAACGUUUUUUGCACACACUUUUAAGCUGCAGAUUACUCAUUUUUGUAAAGAAAAAGAAUGUGUUAUAAUUUAGUUUUCUCGAUAUUCUUUCUCUCUGUUGCCUGUCCUUUCUACAGCAAAAACGUGAGCUUUCUCUCCUCAGUUCAGAUACACUAUCUGUCACUUGCUGUUCUUUGUCAAACUGUUCGUGAAACCUUCCAGGAGGUGCUUUUAUAUGUCUCUGUGUGUGUGUGUGUGUAGCCAUCUGUGUUUGUGUGUGUGUGUGUGUGUGUGUAUGUGUGUACUGUCAUGGCUUCUCUGAGGUGUUUAAGCAUAGUCUAUCCUCCUUCGCUGGGUCUUGUGUUUAAAAGGAAACAGAACUGUGAGUAUUUUACUAAACUGCUUGUAAAUUUUGUAAAUUACUAUGGAGAAAUAAAGUAGUUUAACCAAA